AUGAUCUUCCCCUACGGAAACAAUAUUGUGUAUUGGACAAGAGGUUGUGGGUUUCCAAGUAAGCCAUCAACUACUUUUUGAUUGUUUUCUCCAUUACUUUGCAGCAGAUUGAUGUCAGACUGACUGACUGACUGACUGCACGCCCUCUUGGCGACUGUUUCGAAGGCGGACAAGUUGAUUGUAAUUGGUGACAUCAACGCCCGCGUCGGUACAGACCAUACUGCCUGGAGAGGAGUGCUGGGUCCCCACGGUCUACACGGCUCAAACGACAAUGGUCUGCUGCUUCUCCGCACCUGCGCAGAACACCACCUCAUCCUGACAAACACCUUCUGUCUGCCGGAGCGAGAGAAGGCCACCUGGAGGCAUCCUCGGUCGCGCCAGUGGCACCUGCUGGACUAUGUCCUCGUCCGGAGGCGAGAUCAGCGGGACGUGCUGGUGACAAAGGCGAUCGCGGGCGCUGACGGGUGGACCGACCAUCGCCUCGUCAUCUCGAAGAUGCGUAUUCGCCUACAGCCUCGCAGGAGACCACAGGGUAAGCGACCCCCAGGUAAGCUGAAUGUUGCCUUGUUGUCUUUGCCCGCUCACCAUCUUCAUUUCAGCAAUGAGCUAGCUCAAAGGCUAGACAACCUUCCUAUCGCUGCCGCCGCCGCCGCCGCUGCCGAGAACGCCUCCGUGGAGAACCCCUGGUGUCAACUGCGAGACACGGUUCAGUCGACGGCGCUCGCCGUCCUCGGUCGCGCUCCCCGCAACACCAGGACUGGUUCGACCAAAAUGACGCCGUCAUCAGAAAUCUGCUUGCUGAGAAGAACCGUCUACACAAAGCCUACGUAGAUCACCCCACUGAUGCCACCAAAGCUGCCUUCUACCGCAGUCGCCGCCAGCUUCAGCAACGACUGCGCGAGAUGCAGGACGCCUGGACUGCUCGCAAAGCUGAGGAGAUCCAAGGAUACGCGGACCACAACGAAUGGAAGAACUUCUUCUCUGCGAUCAAAGCUGUCUACGGUCCGCCGACAAAGGGCACUGCUCCUCUCCUCAGCGCCGACGGCAACACUCUCCUGACUGAGAAGACGCAAAUCCUGCAGCGAUGGGCCGAGCAUUUCCGAGGCGUCCUCAACCGCCCCUCCGUCAUAUCCGACGCCGCCAUCGAGCGUUUGCCGCAAGUGGAGACCAAAGUGGACCUCGACCUCCCGCCAUCUCUCCAGGAGACCAUCAGGGCCGUGCAGCAGAUCUCCAGCGGGAAAGCACCCGGAUCGGACGCAAUCCCUGCUGAGGUCUACAAGCACGGAGGUCCCCAAAUGAUGGAUCACCUGACUGCGCUCUUCCAAGAGAUGUGGCGUCAAGGUGAAGUCCCACAAGAUUUCAAAUACGAAACCACUGUGCAUCUCUACAAGCGCAAAAGGAAUCGCCAAGUCUGCGAUAAUCACCGCGGCAUCUCCCCGCUGAACAUCGCCGGGAAGAUCUUCGCCCGCAUCCUCCUCAACCGCCUCAAUAACCAUCUGGAACAGGGCCUCCUGCGCUGA